UAUUGCCUCCCCCCUUUCCGGGACUUCCCACUGUUCUUUAGAACAAAUCAGAUGAGCAAAAACAACUCUUUUUCCAUAGGAUCAGUUAUAAAAAGAAUGGAAAUGCAACAAGCAGUUUAGUUUCUUGGUUUUUAGCAGUGAAAGGUAGACUCACCAAAGGCUUGCGAACAUUUCUGGAAAAAGCACUGGCUGGCUUAUUCAUCUCUCUAUGGUCAAUCGUUGUGUUUCUGCAGGACCAAAGGAGCAGAUUGGUUAGUGAAGAAUGCUGUCAGAAGGGUACCUCAGUGGACUUGCCUACCGGAACGACGUCCAUUGGAGUUGUGCAUCUUCUGAUGAGCAGGUGGCUGAGGAAAAGGAAGAGGAGACGAAGUCUGCUGCUCUUUCCUAUUCCUCUGAGGAUGAAACACAGGUCAGGAGUCUCUACGUGAGCUGCAAAUCCUCUGGCAAGUUUAUUUCUUCAAUGCAUUCCAGAGAGAGCCAACACAGUAGAAAUCAGAGAAUCACAAUGCUACAGACAAGCUCCAAUCCUGUGUUUGAAAGCCCAAACUUGGCUGCCAUUGAAAUAUGUAGAGACCCCAGCAGAGAGACCUACUUGGUUCCACCUUCCUGCAAAAGUAUUUGCAAAAAUUACAAUGACUUACAUAUUGCAGGGGGCCAGGUGAUGGCCAUUAAUUCAGUGACAACUGAUUUCCCCUCUGAGAGCAGUUUUGAAUACGGCCCUUUGCUGAAAUCGUCUGAGAUUCCUUUGCCCAUGGAGGAUUCCAUUUCCACUCAGCUCAGUGACUUUCCCCAAAAACCUAUCCAGCGGUAUUCAUCCUACUGGAAAAUAACCAGUAUCAAGGAGAAAAGCAGUCUUCAAAUGCAGAAGCCCAUUUCUAACGCGGUGCUGAAUGAGUACCUGGAGCAGAAGGUGGUGGAGUUAUAUAAGCAGUACAUUAUGGACACUGUGUUUCAUGACAGUUCCCCUACUCAGAUUCUGGCAUCUGAACUCAUCAUGACCAGUGUGGACCAAAUUAGUCUCCAAGUGUCUAGGGAGAAGAACCUGGAGGCCUCAAAAGCCAGGGAUAUAGUCAUUAACCGCCUAGUACAGUUGGUGUCCACUGAAAUCAGCACUCCUAGUCUCCACAUUUCUCAGUAUAGCAAUGUGAACCCAUAGAGAGGAUGCUUCCAUUCCUCUUUCUCAACGACUCACAGCUAAAGCAACACUUUAUUCAUUUAUUCUGAGAAUGUGGAGGAGGAGGUAGCGAAGGAGGCAAGAGCUAAGAAAGCAAAGGUCAGCUGGAGGUCAGGUGUGAAUGAAGAGGAAAUCUCAUAAUAUUACAAAUGGCGCAGGAAUGUGGGAAGAGGAGCUAUAAAGAAUGGCUUCAAAGCAAGGGUUGUAUAGCAACAAAGCAAACAUAAAAAUGAUCAGAAAAGCAAAGUCAGGAUGCAUUUAAGGGUAUACAGAAAUUGAAAAGACAACGAGCCAAAGAACACACAUCAUGGCAAAAUAAAAAAGCCAAAGAUUUCAGGGUAAAGAGUAAGAAUGUUAAAAAACUCCUCCCAAGUUGUUUUUUCUUAAGGAAAAUGGACUGUAGAAAGCUGCAAUUCUUCUACAGUAGAGAGACAGGUUCAAACAGUUUUCAACAUAUGUUUCUCUCUUUUUUCUCUAUUUUGUAGUAUAUCAGUAGAUCACUUAAACUAUAUUCUUUAUAAACAUUAAAACAGUAGCAAAUUGCAGUUAUGUUUUUAUUUUUGAAUGAUUACUUAGCUACAGCCACUCAAAUCUCCUAAUUCUGUUUACUAGUGAAGAUAAAAUUUUCUAAAUGGAAAAGGCCACAUAGUGCAUAUAAAACUAUUCUGAAUUUGCUGCGUAUGAUUUUCUUGGUGAUACGAAAUUAUGAAUCUUGUUUUUUCCCCAUAGUUUUCUCUUCCUUUUCUCCAUGCUCUCUUGACCCUUCUGGAACCAGGAAGGGGUUUUCAUAUCCUGAAAACAAGGUUACAAGCUCAUGCACGAGAAUGAGUACCAAGUGCUCUACCUCAUUUCCCUAGCUCAGGGAUUGGCAAACUAUGGUUCAGUGGUCAAAUCCAGCCGACUGGUUUGUUUUGUUUUUUGAGAUAUAAUUAACAUAACAUUAUAUUAGUUUCAGGUGUACAACAUGAUUUGCUAUUUGUAUACAUUGUGAAAUGAUCACCCCAAUAAAUCUAGCUCCAUCCUUUUUGAACUCCCAUGAGCUAAGGUUUUUUUCAACCGUUUAAAAAUGGAAUUUUUCAACCACAAAAUAAGGUUUUUCUGUGAUAUGUGAAAAUUAUGAUAUUCAAAUUCAGUGUCCAUAAAAAAAGCUGUAUUGGAACACAGCCACACUCAUUCAUUUAUAUAUUGUCUAUGACCAUAAAACCAGAAUGGCUGAGCUGAAUAAACACAACAGAGAACACAUGGCCCACCAAAGCCUAACACACUAUCUGUCCUUUCACAGAAAAAUGCCAACCCUGCUCCAUAGCAGUGCCUUGUCCAUAUAAUGGUUACUUGACAUAAUUCAGCUUCCCUGGGGAAGCUAACUCUGAGAUGGAAACUGGUGAGCAAUUUUAUUGGGGAGUGCUGAGAACAACCUCUGUGAGAGAAUGAGCAGAGAAGAGGUUUCUAGAAGAGGCGUCAGGCCACCUCUGGGAGCUCUGGAGUUGGGGUGGUCUAUUCAAAAUGGAUCCAAAUUAAAAGUAGAGGGUUGGCUUUGGUUCUCUAGCUUAACUAGAAGGGGGUGUAACCUUAGCUGAGGCCAUUCAGUUGAGGGCAAAAUCCCCAAAAUGGGAAUCAAGUGUGAGCCUUCAGCAGCCCAACUUCAAAACCUGCUGGGGCAAUGAACUUCUCAUACACAAGGAGUGAUCUGUGGAGCAAAACAGCAUCCUCUACAUGUCUCAGUAUUUGUAGGGUGAGUGAUUUUUUUCAACAUGUAAUAUUGUAUAAGGAAAACUGGUUUUAAAACAAUUAUUCAGAAAUGUUAUUCACUGUUUUAAAUAUAUAAUAAUAGCUACUAUGUAUUAAUUACUUGCUAUGUGUCUGGCACCAUGUUAAGCAUUUUGUAUGAAUUAUCUUAUGUAAUUCUCAUAAUUACCUUGUGAGAGUGUCUUUUUUGUUUUUUGAAACAGACGAGCCAGCUUGGCUCAGGGAAGUAAUUUGUCCAAGGGCACACAAUGGGGGCUGGAACUGGAUUUGAAUCCAGUUCGAUUUAACCUGAAAGUCCUGAUUCUUAACCACUACCACCUACUCUCCUGUUGAUCACUGUGUUUGUCUCAUUAAAGACUGGUUUUUUAUUC